AUGAAUUCCAUCUUAUUUUGGAAUUGUAGAGGAGCCAAGAAAAAGAGGGCUUCUCUCUACCUCAAGGAGGUGGUUAAAGAUCAAAAUGUUCUUUUCGUUGGGCUAUUGGAGACUAAACUAGUCUUUAUUGAGCAUAAAGAUAUGAAAUCUUUAAUUGGCACUGGUUGGAAUUACAGUUUUGUUCCGUCCGCUGGUUUAUCUGGAGGCAUUCUUGCUCUGUGGAGAAGCAGCCUAGCUAAUUUCAACAUGAUUGAGUCUUCAUCUCAAUUCAUUGUAGGUGAUUUGGAUAUCCUCAACAAGGGGAAAUGGAGAGUAGCUACUAUAUAUGGCAGCAAAGAUGUGUACAAUAGAAGAUUUCUUUGGAAUGGCUUGGAAAAACAUAUCACCAAUGAUUGGCCUUUGGUGAUCGGUGGAGAUUUCAAUUGUCUUUUGGCUAAAGAAGACAAGAUAGGUGGCAGGAAAUUUAACUUCUCUUUGGGGCCAAGAGAGAUGAAAUACUUUAUGACUUCUAAUGAUCGUCAUGAGCUAAAUUUCAUUGGUCCUAGAAUGACCUGGAGCAAUAAUAAGAAAGGCUAUGAUCGGAUAAUGGAAAGAUUAGAUCGAAUUUUGGUCAAUUUUGUUGCGGUGAACUGUAAUCAACAGAUGGUUGUUAAACAUCUACCCAGAAUUGCAUCUGAUCACUGUCCUAUCCUCCUCAAUACUUCAGUUUUUCCUUCCAAUAGUAAAAGAUCUAUCAAAUUCGAGGAUGUGUGGGCUUCGUAUCUGGCAUCCUUUGAUGUUGUGAAAAAAGCAUGGAUGAGAAGAGACUCAGGAUCUCCAACUGAAAUUCUGAAUUAUAAGUUCAAAAGGGCUCUCAAAUCCUUAUUCUUUUGGAAUAAGGCUAAGCACAAAGAGUUGAAUCAUAUGAAGGACUUGCUCAGAAAAGAAAUUCUUAUUCUUAAAACUAAAGAAUCUGAAGUUGGUAUGCUAUCCAUGGAUGAUUAUUCUCUUAUGAAAUUUAAAAUCAAUGAGCUCAACUCUACUUUGACUCGGUUAAACACGUGGUGGAGACAACGAUCCAAAGUAAAAUGGAUAAGUGAAGAAGACCAAAUUUCAAAAAAAUUUCACUCAAUGGCAAGUGCUAGAAAGAACAACAAUCUCAUUCCUUGCAUUAAGGAUGGCAACGGGAUUAUGGUGGAAAAUCAUAACCAAAUUGAAGACGUUUUCUUACAAUACUUUAAAGACAAGUGGCGAGAUAGAAGAUGCUUACUUGAAGGUUGGACGAAUAUUCACUCUUUUAUGGAUGAGGAUGAUAAAAGUCAGACAAACAAAGAAUUCAUUUUUGAAGAAGUAGAAAAUGCUAUUAAAGAUACCACGAGUGGAUCUUCUCCAGGUGAAGACGAUAUCUCAUAUUCUUUUCUCAAAAUCUAUUGGCCUAUUAUUGGAAUUGAAUUCUGGGAAGCUAUGAGAAAUUUCUUUGAAACUGCUAAGAUGAACGAGGAUUAG